GGCUUAGCAGGCCGUUUUCGAUAGCGCUGAUUAUUUUAAAAGCAGAUCAAGGGACAUUGAAACUAUGUGACUUGACAUGUACUAUCCUAGGAAGAGUCUUUGGUCUUGCAAAAUAGCGCCCAGUAGUGCUGCUCACCUUCCUCUCUGUUUCUUCAGGACAGAUAGGAACGCGAGAAUCUAAAUCUGUUCCUCGUCUAAGAGUCGAGACACUAGUGUAAAAGUGACAGCUGAAGGUUUGCUCGCAAUUGGGGCGUUCACAUUUAUCCACCAUUUCCAUGUGAAUCCUGCCAUGUCAAAAGAAGCGUUUGAAGUUCUGUUGCAACCUCUUUUCACAGCGUCUGCUUAUUCACGUGCAGCUUUCCCGAAGAACCUCAUAAUGUUGUUUGGAGAGGUGCCACGCACCACCCAAGAGAUGAGGCUGCUGGCAAUGGUUAUGAGGCUUCUCACCUCAAUGUUGGUUGGGAAUCUUUGGGCCAUCCUGGAGAAGGUGAUGCAGCUUUGCAGCUGGGUUCCGGGUCGGCGACUGCGGGAGAUGGCACGGGUGUUCCCGACGGGAGGACUUUUCCAGCUCCUCGGCUGGAUCCGGCGCAAGAGUCUGGCUGGCAUCCCAGGGAGACCGACGCAGUGGCUGUGCAGGAGUCGGCGUUUCCAGGAGGAAGCAGUGGCUCACUGCCCGCCUCUGCCUCAGCAAGGGAGGCGAUGCAAGCAGCGGAGUAAGAGCAAAGAGUCAGUGAUUUUCCCCCCACUGCUCCCUUGCAUGGCUGCUCGUGGGCCGUGCUCUGGAGAGGAGUCCCUGUGUCCAUCCUGCAGCCGAGUGCCUCAGCGUCCUCCUCUCUCCACAGACAUGCCCCUGCACCUUGGGGACACCGGCUGGAAACCGGCGGGUACCCCUUGCGCCCGGUCAGCCCCACCAGCCACCCCGGCAUCCCUGACAGCUGGGACCAACACCAGCAGCCGCAGCCCCCGCCUGAAACACCGGCACGUCCACCCUCCAUGGCCCCCACUGCCCCUGGUUCCCCCAGCCCAGGCCCCAUCUGAAAAGGCACCCCUAACUCCCGAGCCCGCUGGUCCGGCCCUCUGCCAAGGGCUGGAGGCGGCCCCGCCAGGGUAGGGGUUGAAGGUGGGGAGACAGAGCCCCCCACCCACAGCUUCGGGGGGCAGCCCUUUCACCCCCCAUGAAGAGGGAGAGGCUACUCUUUUAGUGCCAGCUUCCCAACAGUUACUAAUUUGUGGUGGGACAAUAAAUCGUGCAGCAGACCAUAUGUA